AUCUAAUGAGAUGUGAUAGUUUUGAUUCCAUAUCUGACUGAAAUGUAGAUUCUCUAUAUACAUUCCCAUGAUAAUACCAUGUUUCUGCUACUGUAUAUCUAUUACGAUGUCAGCAGCUACUACCAUUUAUCUACAUAGCUUUCAGCUUCCCCUUACACCUUGCUCUCCUCUUUUAGAUUCUCCGGAAUCUUUACUCUUUCAAUUUGUCUCUCGCUGCACACCUUAACAAUAAGAAAGAGGAGACUUUCAGUUAAAUAGUAGUUCGCCUCUAAAUAUUGGCAAAGAGACAACUAUCUGGACUGAAUAACAGUUUAAUAUUUAGCUUGUUUUGAACAACAUCAUGCAAGCCUCUUUUUAUAUCAAAUGAAUAUUUUGAUUUUCAACUUGAAUUCAGUUAAUUCUAGCUCGAAGAAAAUUAACCUUCGGACAUGGCUGAUACUAUUUCACACGAUGUAAUUUUGUUUCGCCAUCACACGCCAUCACCUCUACACCAGUUUUAAAUACAAGGAUUUUAUAAUACAUUCCAUCUGGAAGAAAAAUGGAGAGAAAAGGAAUAAAAUCGGUUGCAGUUCCAUGUUCCGUGUUAUUGUUAUGGAUCUUAAUAGCUUUUUCACUUGUUGACCAUUCAUUCGCACAGAAUUCUUCUCAACAGCAUCGAAAUGAGGAAAAAUCCAUGGAGAAAGGAAUGAGUUUUCUCUUUAUUAUGACAAAACAGUUUCUGGAAGUUAUACAACCUCAUAAAAUAUAUGAAAAAUACGAUGUGCAUAGACUUGCAAGUGAUAAUGCCUACCAAAAUAAAGAACUGAAUGAUGUGAAGAAAAUAGUACUGUAUUUCAUUGGUUAUUCAAUCUGUGUUGCCAUUGGAAUUCUCUUCAUUAUAUUAAUACCCCUUAUUGGCUGUUGUCUCUGCUGUUGUCGAUGCUGUAACAGAUGUGGAGGACGACACAUGAAAUAUGAUCCCAAAAAUGCCCGAUAUAAAAGAAGAACUUAUGUUACAUGUUUGGUCAUUUUGAAUACAAUCAUAUUAUUUGCUGUUGUCUGUACCUUUAUAACAAAUGAGCUCUAUAAAAAGAGUUUUAUUGAUAACACUGGAGUUGUUCAAGAUCUCUCCAAAACAACAAACACACUGCAGUCUUACGUGGAUCAAUCAAUUAAAGAUAUAAAGACUAUUACUCGAACGGAAACUAAAUCUUUGGAGAAAAAAAUAUUAAAAGAAGUUGAUGAUGCUGGUAACCGUACUUUAGAAUUGCUUGAUAAGAGUGUUAAUGCUACUUCAUUACUGAAUAAAGUAGAAGUGUUUGGAGAAGAAAUAAAAGACCUAAGAAACUCAGUGAGCAAUCUGAGCCACUCACUGAAUAAUUUAACUGUGCUUGGCCAAACACUAGAAUCUAAUUUGACUAAUAUAAAACAACAAAUUCAACUGCAAAAUUGCACCAAUUGUAAUGAAAUCAAAAAUUAUGUUAAAAACACGGAAGUGGUUGCAAAUUUUAGCAAGCUGGAUUCCCAAAAAGCAAUGUUGACAAAAUUAGACAAAGCCUUGAAUAUUUCCCAUCUUGCUGUUGAAGCUAGAGAAAAGUUUGCAGAUAUUUCCACUAAUAUUUCUUCAAUUAUGGAAAAAAAUAAAAAAAAUGUUCAAAAACGUCUCACCGAAGUAACGGACAAUGUUGAUAGUGCAUUGAAAAAACUUGAUAAAUCAAAAGAAGAUAUUCCACUUGACCAGCUCACUAACAUAAUAAAUGAUGCUGAAGAAUAUCGCCGUGCACAUGUAGACUAUGUUAACAUUCCAUGGUACAUUGGUUUAGGUGCAGCAUCUAUACUCCUAUUAAUUGUCAUAUUCAUUUAUCUUGGGAUCCUUUUUGGAUUGUGUGGAGAACGACAUGGUGAAAAUAGUAAUUGUUGUAACAAAAAUGUUGCUGCUAACUUUCUUCUAACUGCUGUUGGAUUCUUCUUCCUAUUUUCUUGGAUACUGAUGAUACUUGUAAUUGUCUACUUUGUCCUUGGUGGUGUUCUCUACACUGAAGGCUGCCGUUACAUUGAUCGUUCACAUCCACAACGUCUUCAGCCAUUUUUGUCACCCUUCAAUACCUCUUAUACUUUUGAGAACCAAGUCGUGGGCAUCCGAGCUUACCAAAUUCUGGAAAACUGUGGAAAAAAUUAUUCAUUAUUCAAUGCUAUAGGGCUGGACCGAAAUAUCACUAACUCAGUCAUUGAUAUAAAUGAACUAAAUAAAGCGCUAAAGAACUUAUCAAAUAAGGAAAUUAAAAUUGAUAAAGUCUCUUUAAUCACUCCUGAACUACAAAAUAAACUGGAUAUAUUCAAAGACCCUAAGAGUUUCCAUAUUAAUAUAUCUGAGUAUGAAGAAGAGCUUCAUAAGAUAUCAAAUGAGAAGCUGGGAAAAAAGAUUCUACAAAAUGAUUUACAAGUCUUGGCUCAUAAUUUAUCUUUAGUUUCUAAUGGUGCCCUGAAUGACACAGCUAAAGUUUUGAUGCAAAUCCAUGAUGUGACCUAUCUUGCCAUGGUAGAAGAAAAGAAUCGACUAAAGAAGAGUCUUGAUGAAGUCAAUCAAAAAAUGAAUAUCACGGAACAUCUUGAUGAUUUAAUUAGAGACAUUAAUGAAACUGAAAAUGAAAUUAACAAAAAUGGUACCAAAAUAAUCUCUGUGGUGCUGAAAAUUGUUAUCAAAAAUAUUAGCACUAUAGUUGUGGAUUCCAUAGAAAUGGUAGCCAAUAAGUUAAUGGAUAAUGUUGGUCAUUGUGAACCUCUCUAUCGGUCAGUUUUUGAUAUCUCUGACACAGUGUGUAUUACAUUCUUGAACCCAUUAAAUGGUUUUUGGUUCAGUUUAGGCUGGGCAGUGAUUUUCUUUUUGCCAACUAUAAUUUUUGCAACAAAACUUGCUUCCCUUUAUCGAUGUCAGUAUAAACGAGAUCCGGCCCAUGAUGAUGAAAGUUAUUCUGAUGGGGAAAAUUAUAAUCAUAUACCUCUGUCUAGAGUGAGUCUGGGGAAGUCAGGCCCUCAAGGAAUGUCCAAAAGUACCUAUGAUGAUCCCCCAAGUAACAAGUAUCAUCCACUACCCCAUUCACACUAUAGUUAUGGUGUUCCUGCCAACCAAAGCAACCAUUAUCCAGUAUACCCUCCCCCUUCCUAUCCAGAGAAUAAUACUUAUCCGCAUUUAAAAUUAACUGUUUGGGAAACUGAAGACUCACGAGCUCGCCGCAGCAAGAAUGAACCCGAACCGUUACUGAGUCCCAACUCUGAUGUUUGAACAUGAAGGAUCAUAAGUCACUUUACUUGAAACCAUAUCUUCAUUGGAAUUAAACAGGAUGAUAUCAGUGUUAUACACUAAGUCCAGUGCAUCUAAUAUUCGAUUCUUUUCAAGCUCUUCAUCCUUCAUAUUUUAUUCCUCUAGGUUUUUAGACUAAUAUAUUAUUGUUGCCAAAGAAAAGUGCAAGGUUAUUUAAAUUUGUUUUCUAGUGCCAAUUCUGAUUUGUUGGACUAAAAACUUUGUAAAUCAUCAUUUCAAAAAAUGUUUUGUUUGCUUUUUUUUUUUUCUUUCAACGAAACAUUCCAAUUUUCACGAGUUUUUUCAUAUCACAAUAAAUUCUUUACUUGGAAUUUUUCUCCCUGCUCUUGGCUCAAACCCAACCCAAGUUUAGAUUCUCUCUUCCAUGUCAUUUACUUCUGUUGACCACUCACAGGAAGUCUAGUUAUUUUAAUAUGUUAUAAAGAUAAUCAGUAAAUAAUUCAUCUGACAAAAACUGAAUGAAAUCUGAUGAUCUCGUUGAUGAUUGUUUUAUAAUAAAAUUCCUUAGGUCUCAGUAAUCACAAUCGUGACAUAUUACUUAAAUUAUGAAGAUAUGUUUAACUAGUGAUUGUUUCUGGGAAUCUAUAGCCUGUGAUAAGUGUAUCAGUUACAUUGAAAUAUUGAUUUCUUUUAGCUGUUUACUGAUUAAACUUUAGUUUAAUUUAUCCACCAUCAUUCUCGUUAAGAUUCAGUAAGAAAAUAUUUAAUUCCCCUCAAAAUUUUUUGGUUUCAUAUUUCAUCUGGAGUUGGUAUAAAAACUUCUAUUUGCUGCAGGAGGAAAAAAAUACAAAACAUACAUUUUAAUAACUUGACAAUAAAAUAUAUUUUUUCAUUUACCUUUGAAUAAAUUUAUCUUUAAUAAAACAAUAUUUUAAGCAUCAAGUAAUACAUGGCUUACAUUGUACAAAGAAAAAAAAAAUGUAUUUCUUUUUAUGCUUCCAAUCAGUGAAUUUUUCUUGUUGGUUAGAUUAUUGAAAAUCUAUUCUACCAAAGUUGACUUGAAUGAAAGAGAUCUUGAUCUAAUCACUCAACUGGACUUUUGUCAGAAAAUUGGAACUUUUAAUUGUUAUCAAACCUUUUUGAUAACAGAUUUAAAUUACAUAAAAUGUAUAAAAUGAUCAACUUUGCUCAAGAUGAGCUUUUAUUUCUCUAAUUUUUUAAAAUCUUCUUAAACUUAUAUUUAAGUAUUUGAACAUUUUUGGAAUUUGUUGCAAUAUCGACCAGUUCCCUUUGCUCAAACUAUUUAUAUAUACAAGGAUUUCUAUAUAUUUCCAUUUUCUUGAUUGUAGUUUAUCAACAAAUCCCUUUGUAAAACAGAUUCUCAAUUUCACCUCCAUCAUCACGCCUCUCUUUUUUUUAGCAUCAAGCUGGCAUUUGUAACAAAUGAUCAUAGUUGCCCAAAUUUUACUCUCACAGAUCAAUAAAUUCAAUUUCCCAUUGGCCUUUUUUUAACUCAAAACAUUAAAAAAAAACUCUAAUAGUUUCAUACACAGCAAAGUAUCCUUAUACAUUAGUAAGUCUUAGCUUAAAUUUGGGAGGGAGAGGGGCUUUUAAGUGAUAUUUAAAUGCUUUUUCAAUUUUCAAAGCAUAAAAUCUUUUAUUUAUUAUUUUCCAUUUGAAGUUAAUUUCUUACCAGUCAGACCAUUUUAUUUCAGAUGGUUUCAUUUUAUUUUAUAUCUAAAUGUAUGACUGUGAUAAUCUUAAUUAUUUGAGUUCUGGCCAUUUAACUUUUUUUCUUUUCAUUUAAACAUCUAUAUAUAUGGAUUAACAUACAUGACUGCUGAACAACUGUCUUAUGACAUGUGCUGAAUAAAUCAAGAUUAUACUUACACA